CAGUGGCGAGAGAUAUUGAUGAUAAAUCCAAUGAUGGCCGUGAACCCCUUAUUGACAGCCUUGGGGCAGCAGAGGAUCCCACUGGUUCCCUCACCAUUUGAACCUCCAACUGUGGAUAGGGAUUUACUGCCUUCCACUGUAGCGCCCACUGACCCAAGACAGUUUUGUGUUCCUUCCCCAUUUGGAUCAUCUGGUCUACCCAAUACAAAUAUGCCGAACCUGCUGUCCAAUCGUGUCUACUCAGGUUGGGGCAUUUUACCACCUGAAUCCAUAAAGGCAAUCGCUAGAAGGAAUGAGAUGAUUCAAAGGCAGCAUAUUGCCAGGAUGGAAAUGGAAAUGCAUGCCAUUUACCAGCAAAGGAGAAUAGAAAAAGUUAAUCCCAAGGGACUAGGGGGCAUGGGGAUACCAUUCCUCUGUGGGUCCAGUAUCCCUGCUGGCCCAGCCACCUACCAUGGCAGAAGCAUGCUCCCUGCCAGUGACCUGCAUUUUCACAGAAGCACCCUGAGAAACCUUCAGGGAAACCCCAUGCUAGUGACAACUGGUCCACGCUUUCUAGAGAGCUGGGGGCAGAAACGUCGUCAUCUCAGGAGAGGUACAGGGAAUCAGAAAGUUCUAGACAGUGACACUGAGAGUUCCAAAGGUCAAGCAGAAGAAAAAACCCUAGGCCAGACUCAUGCGAUUCCCUAUGAAGAGGAUGAGUACGCAAAAGACCCAGAAACUGAAGUUCUCAACAGUCAGAAGUCCAGCAAAACCAAUGAAAAGCCAAGUACAGCUCUUGCCAACACCUGUGGAGAGCUGGAGUUCACCCAGAGAAAACCCUGGGGAGCUCAUGGCACUUCCCUGGAAGCAAAGACCUGGGACAGUGACAAAGAGAAGCCUUCAGAUCAAGUUUCUGCAGCCUGUGGUGAAAAGAAUGAGGCUCGUCCUCCAGCUCCUCCGCCGUCUCUGCCAGGAACACACUCACUGCUUACAACUGGGGAGAACCUGGCUUUGGAUGAAGAUAUUCAGAAAUGGACCGUGAAUGACGUGCACAACUUCAUUAGUGGCCUUCCAGGUUGCUCGGACUAUGCUCAGGUAUUUAAAGAUCAUGCAAUUGAUGGAGAAACUUUGCCAUUACUCACAGAGGAGCAUCUUCGAAGCACCAUGGGAUUAAAGCUCGGGCCAGCACUGAAGAUCCAGUCGCAGGUAUCUCAGCAUGUGGAAAGUAUGUUCUACAAGAAAAGUCUUUCACUUCCUGCCCAUACAAGACAAGCAUUUGAUCAACCAGCAGAUACAUUCCCUAUUUUGGAUUCUAAUUCCUGGGGUGAUACGUUGGACAUGCCUUGUUCCAAAGAUAUAAUAAUUCCUAAGGGAACUGAGCGAGAUAGUAUGAGAAAUUAAAACCCUCGAAAAGUGUGAACAGUCUUAAUCAGUUUUCCAAAGCGUCUAGGAUACUCUGAAGGGUGUGUGAGGUUUUCCCGGGACCAGACGAAGGCUGAGAGGAAGAGAAAGCCAGCCCUCCCAGAGCUGUCUUGGAGAAGGCCUUGCCCAAGAGGCUUCCUGAAGUGACCUCAGCACAAAGUGGCUGGAGGCGUAUCCUUGGAAACAAAUGCUAAACGAAGGAGAGAAUUUGCAAACAUCAAAAAAGCUACAGUCGGAUGUUUCCAUGAGGAAAUCUAUGAAGCCAAAAGAGACGAUACUGAAAAAAAGAGCUCCUUACCUCUUUUCACUCAUUUCCCAUCCCUCAAACCAGAAAGAGACAAAGGUAACCCAGUGGAGUGAGAAGAAGGAUGAAGAGAAAGUGGAAAAGUACAAAGCAGAGAAAUAAAGAAGCUGACCACAGGCUCCACCUCAUCUAGUUACAGGCUUCCAGGCUGGAGGAGGCCCACGCGAGGGAAGGGCAGAAGCUUUAACCUUAAAAUUCAGUGUCUGACUCUUACUUGGCGUUUUCUUUCUGAUGUGAAACUAUGUUAUGACUAAAAAUAACUGGAGGACUCAUUAUCUGAGAGGGAGGUGAAAAGUCAUAGUACCCACCUCAUGUUUCACCCAAGCGCUGGGGCAGCCUUAUCUCUGCAAAGCAGGUUUGAAUUGGCAAGAUGGAAGGGAGAGGAUUAAAGUGGCUUUCUGCUCGUACUCUGUGGAGUAUGACUUUUUUCAACUUCACAUUAACAGGAAGCCUCUGAAAAGAUACGCAAGAAACUGAGGAGAGUUUGCUGAAGGAGAGGACUGGGUGACAGGCGUGCAAGGGAGACUCACUACAUGCCCUCUUGUACAUUUUGAAUUUCUAGCUAUGAGAAUGUAUUUUCCGUUUUAAAAAUUGAUAUCUAAAAUAAAGAAACUGUAGUAAGCAGACUCUAAGAUGGCCCCCAAUGAUCCCUGCUUCCUGGUGUCCAUGGCCUUGUGUAAUCCCCUCUCCUUUUGGGAGAGCUGAAUGUAUUGUCUCUUUUCUAAUGAACAGAAUAUGACAGAUGUGAUGGGAUGUCACUUCUGGGGUUUCUAUCUGGGGUGCCGUCUCUCACUGUCUUUGGAAUCCUUGCUCUCGGAGAAGCCAGCUUCGAUGUCUCCAGGCAGCCCUGUGGAGAGCUCUGCGUGACUGAACUUGGAAAGGAAUUUUCUGAGGCCUGCCAACAGCCACAUGAGGGAACUUGAAGGUGGCUCCUCCCUGAGUCAAGCCUUGAGAUGACCAUACAGCUCCUGUCUACAACUUAAUGGCAGCCCUGAGCCUGAGGGCCCCCAGCAAAGCCGCUCCUGAAUUCCUGACCCACAGAAACUGGGAGAUAAGAAAUAUGUGUUGUCUUUAGU